AUGGCAAGCGCGAACCAGAAGUUGAGUGACAAAAAUCUCUACGAGAUAUUGGGUAUUGAUGUUGAUGCCCAAGAAAGUGAGAUCAGAAAAGCAUAUCGUAAAAAAGCGUUGGAAUGCCAUCCGGAUAAGAACCCUGACAAUCCAAAGGCGGCCGAACUUUUCCAUGAGCUGUCCAAGGCUUUGGAGGUGCUUUCUGAUGUAGCUGCCAGAGCGGCAUACGACAAAGUGUGGAAGGCCAGGCAGGCGGCCGAAGUUCGACAUAGACAACUAGAUUCCAAGCGACAGAAACUAAAGGAGGAUUUGGAACGCAGAGAAAAGGACGCCCUCAGUAAUCUGUUUUCGAAAAGUCACAACACAUAUAAGGUACAGAAGACGGAUGAAGAGAUACUCAAUGAUCAAAUUGAACGAUUAAGAAGAGAAGGAUCACGAUUACUUGAAGAAGAGCAGAGGUUGCUCCGAGAGCAGUUGCAGAAAUCAUUAUCAGGACAUCAAAAUAAUGCAGACAGUACAACCUCAAAGCCACAUCGAUUGAAAAUCAAAUGGAACUCUAAUAAAAAGGACGAAGCAAACGGAGGAUAUUCCGAUGACAUAUUAACGAAGUUUAUGAAAAAGUAUGGUGACAUUGUCGCCAUAGUAAUGAGCAAAAAAAAUGGCAGUGCUCUAAUCGAAUUCAAAUCGCGAGAAGCUGCCGAAAUGGCGAUGAUGUACGAAAAAGGACUAAUUGAAAAUCCGUUGCACAUAGAGUGGAUAGACGAAUCUUCCAAAUCCAAUGAUGGGAAAGCGUCCCAACAAACGAGCCAAAGUACAACGCUGGACUAUGAAGAUUUGGUUAUGCGAAAGUUGAGACAAGCCGAAGAACGCAAACGUCUAAUAGAGCAAAUGUUAAAAGAAGACGAAGAUCAGUAA